UGGUCACCUGUGGCGGGCUGAGAGCUUCCUGGAGCCUGAAGUUUUAGUGGCGGUGGAGACUGGAGUCCAGAAAACAACAAACCAGAUGUCAUUCAUCAGAGUGAAUCGUUAUGUUCCUCGGGGAGGAGGAAGGAAAGCACUGAAAGUAAAGAAGAAGAAAAUGCCAGUAAAACAAGAAUGGGAUGGGGAAGAUGCUUUCUGUGCAUUGAAACAAUGCUGCAGAGUACCGUGAAUGAUCUAACAGUACAUCGGGCAACUCCUGAAGACUUGAUACGUCGUCAUGAAAUACAUAAAUCAAAGAAUAGAGCAUUAGUACACUGGGAACUUCAAGAAAAAGCAUUGAAGAGAAAAUGGAGGAAACAGAAACCAGAAAUUUCUAAUCUUGAGAAAAGGAGAUUAUCUAUCAUGAAAGAGAUUCUUUCUGAUCAAAUCCUGAUGCAGGAUGCAUUGAAACAAUCUGAUCACUUGAUGACUGCAGUGAAAGAUCUCUUUGUUGAUUAUCCUCGUAUGCGCACAGGAUUUCCUAAUGUUACAAUGGCUCCUGAUUCUUCUCAGGGUCCCAUUGUAGUAAAUCAAGAUCCUGUUACUCAAGUUCCUGUCAUGGCGUCUCAGGCUCUUAAUGAAGUAGAUGACGACGACGACGAUGAUGAUGAUGAUGAUGAAGGAACUGUUCACAGCCAGACAGAAGACAAUGAGAAUGAACUAGAUAAAUCCCUAAACACUCAGUCUAACAUGACUACAGACAGAUUUCUCCAUCAACUAAAGGAAGAUAAUUCUGAGUUAAUAAACAAACUGUGGACUGAUGUUCAGCAGAAAAUAGCAACACAGUCACAAAUAACAAUCCCGUCAGGAACUCCAUCAUCAUCUGCUUCUCCGUCAGGGGAACAAAAAGUUGCUCUAAAUGCUACUGAUGCUGUUAAGAAAAUCCACCUUAGACUUCAGUCUGAAGAAUCUACUGAGAGUCUAGACUCAAGCUAUGGUGUAGAAAAAGUGCUGAACACAAGAAAGCAAAAACAACUAGUAAAUAAAGUGAAAAGAAAACAGGAUUUGCAUGAUCCUUCCAAACAGAAGAACAAGAUGCUAUCAGCUAGCACAGCCUCCACAGACCCUGGUUGCAGUAACCCCAGCCUGGAUGUCCUUAAACACAUGAUACAUGAAGUGGAACAUGAAAUGGAAGAAUAUGAACGGUGGACAGGACGUGAGGUCAAGGGAUUGCAGAACAGUCAGGGACUUACAGGUUUCACUUUAUCGCUGGUGAGCUCUCUCUGUCGCCUGGUUCGGUACCUUAAAGAGAGUGAACUUCAACUACGUAAAGAAGUAGAGACAAGGCAGCAACUGGAACAAGUAUUAGGUGAUCAUCGAGAGCUCAUUGAUGCUCUGACAGCUGAAAUUCUUUUUCUUAGAGAAGAAAAUACUACUAUCCAGGCAAAACUUCAACGGUACAUGGCUUCAACAGAUGAGCAACUUAAAUCACUCACACAGGCCAUUAAGAACUGUUCUGUGGUAAAUAAUAUCAAUGAAAAACAGGCAUCAGAAAGAGGAGUCACAAGUGGAAGGAUUAUAGAUAAUCCAGAAGGUUCAGCCAUAAAUGCUGAUCUCUCCAUACCGUUAACGUUCAGAGCAGAAGAGGUGGUUGAAUUUGCACAGGAAGAUUUGCCUGUUAAACUGUCCCAGGUGCCAAACCUUCCAGAUAAUGUGAAUCUGACCAACAAUUUCCCAACACAUAUCUUUGAGCCUGCUGUGUUGUUAACACCACCUAGACAAAAGAGUAACUCAGAAUUCUCUCCUCUGCAGGAUGUUUUGAGAAGAACUGUUCAAACACGCCCUGCUCCACGAAUUCCUUCAGCUGUGGAAUUAAUUGAGAAGGAUCAAAAUUGGGAAAAGAAGACCUUAUCUUCUCCACCAGCCAUUCUGAAUUCAAAUGAAGAGAGUCGUCUGUUCACUCAGAGAUGGAGGGUAUCUCACAUGGGAGAAGAUGUGGAGAACAAAACUCAAGCUCCUUUUGUUAAUAUCUCACAACCCCUCUGCAGUUCCCAUUCAAACACUCAGCAGCUGAGAAACACUGUAUUCUUAGACGAGCCCCCAGUUUUGGGAGAUGGACAACAGCUUAAAACAAAUGAGACAUUAAUGCAAAGAAAGGACAUCAUGGCACGAAUUGCUGAGUUGACACUUCAGAAUUCAGCUAUCAAGGCACAUCUGAACAAUAUUAUUGGACCAGGGGGAGAGCAAGGGGAUGGGCUUGGGGAGUUGAACAGACAGGAGCCAAGUUAUGCAAGUGACAUGACUACUACAUUUCCAGUAGCACACCCUCUAACACCAAGUAGCAUGGAGGAACGGAUUGCAGAAUUGAAUCGACAAAGUAUGGAGGCCCGUGGAAAACUCUUACAGUUGAUAGAGCAGCAGAAACUUAUUGGUUUGGAUGCUUCCUCUCCACUGGUAUCACCUGUUCAGUCACCUCUCAGACCAUGGACUGAAGGAGAAAAGAGGACAAUUGAGGUGUCUAUUCCAGGAGCAGAAGCCCCAGAGAGCUCCAAAUCCAGUACUGUCUCUCCUACCAGUGGAGUGAAUGCCAGAAGAAUGAGAAGCAAAACGAAGAAGGCUGGUUUGCUCUUUCUACCCAUGUGUCAUAAAAGUCCUUUGUUCUCAACAAUAUAUUCUUGGGCUUCUACUCCCUGUUACCUGCUCCUACUUUCAAGUUUUUAUGUUCUUCAUUUUUAUAAAGCUUACAGAAUUCUUGUAGUACUUAUAUCCCAUUAGACUUUGUCCUAAUGGAAAAAAAGAAAUAAAACAACUGAUUUUUGAUCUUUUCAAACAGAUUUCCAACAGCCAACCAAUAUGCAACCUCCUGUGAAUAAAAUUCACUAUAGGGAAAUUAAAGUUUUAUAUUCUAAUAAUUUCACUAGCAUUUUGAAGUAUAUAAGUUUUGUAAAUUAAUAUUUUGUCAUGUUUAUUCAGUUUUUUUUCUGUUUUAUUGUUAAUCUAUCAUUUUGAUUUUCCUUUUUUUGAGAACUAAGUUGUUUUGCACAUAACUUGUAGUGAAAUGACUCUAUAUCAUUAAAGUCUUUCAGAAAAAACUUAACAUCCCCCUUUGGUUUCCUUAUUAAUGAAAAGUCACUAUAGUCCAUCAAACGAAAUGUACAAGUUUAAAAAGUAGAUGUGAAGUAUUUGUAUUGUUGUGUAAAUAUCAUCAAUAAGAUUUCCAUACAUGCAAUAAAUAUUGAUCAUUGAAUUCAAAUGUUUUAUUUAUUAGCAUAUUAAUGUUUGAAACAUAAUGGAUUACAAAAAGUUAACAAUUUUCCUAGCCUUGAAAUUACUAAACAUCUAGGGGAAGUUUUUCUUAUUUUCGUUUGGCUCUCAGACAUUAGUUUCUAUUUUAAACCUGCUUUUUAAAAUUAGCUCUGUCCCUCAAUUCUAGGAAUUCUCAACCUAAGUAAGAGUGGUAUAGGAAGAAAUACUGAAACUUCUUUGUGGAACUUUCUUACAAUAUUUUUCCUUCUUACUCUGUAAUUCAUUAUUCUAUGAAGUAGCCUAUACAACUUUUAUUUGGUCCUUUUCAUGAUUGUAUUGGCAAAAAUAAAAUAAUUUCUUUUGA